UGAAAGGGGGCGGCGGUGUGUCCGAGCUUUCCCGAUAAGCUCGGUGAUUGCUCGAAGGGCAACGCCUAGGGUUUCGAUCCACGAGCUCUCUCUAUCUCUGCAACCUUUUUUUUCCUCGGAUGGAUUAAUUAUUCUAUGAUUUCUCAGCAAGAGAACUAUUUUUUUAUCCCCCAAUCCGAUCCUUGCUUCCCUUGCUCUCCGCCCCACCAACUCGUGCUCACACCUACCUAAGCCCUCGAGCCAUCCAUUAGAUCAUACUCUUACUACGGCUGCUGGUACUUUUACCUCGCCGAGAAGAUUGCGGGAGGAGAGGACGAGAUCGAGGUCCGGUAAUGGCGGAUUCUUGUCCGACGCGGGUGUAGCAUUGCACCGGUCUCAUUUGGAAGAUAAUUACAGGCUGGAGGGCGGCAUUUGCUGCGGGAGCUGUUUGUCGUUUCGAUCUUGAUGGGAGUUGGAGGAAUGCAGGUCGAUCGGGGUUGGCAUGAUUUGAAUCUGGAGAAAAGGAGCGAUUUUGAGCGUGGGAAUUCGUGGUUCUCGGAGUUCGAGUGGGUGAUAUGAGAGGUCUGGGAAGCCGAAGCAUUAGAUCGAAGCAAGGCGAGUUUAGUUGACAAAGACAAAAUUUUUGUGCGUAACAUUGGUGUUUGAUCGCUGAGAUUUCCAGGCAGGUUCGUUCUCGAAGCGAGCAUUUGCUUUUCUUCGCUUCGCUUCGUUGCUCAUUUUACUGUCGUGUCUCGUAUGGUUUCGUCUUUAAAGCUGCUACUUUGAUUAAAUUGGCUGCUGCUUGUGAUUCGUGUUUUCAUGGUUACGUUCUCAAAAACUCGCCAGAGUUCGGCGUCUCAUACUGCCCUAAGUGGUUGCAGUCAUUGCGGGAGCUGCCACUGCACUGCAGACUUCCUGCAGCCUGGUGAGCAGCGGGAGGGAGGGUCGGGGGGGGAGAGAGAGAGAGAGAGGCGGGAAGGAGGCAACCACAGGUCAUAGCUGACACCUCCGACCACGAUGGCGAUCCGGAGCGUUUAAAGAAACCCGACGCCCCAGAGCUGACAUAACUCCUCUCAGACACCCCUAUACAAAAAGGAGAUCGAGAGGGGGUGAUAAGAAAGGAGUGGUCGAGAAGGCCAUAAAGAUCCGUUAUUGCGCCCAGGUGAGGCAUGAGAGCUACAUGGAAUUGGAGGAGAACAACCACGCUUGCAAGCGUUCUUGGGCGGCGGGCAAUGGCGGUCAGGCGGCCAAGAUAGGGCGCACGGAGCACCAGGACGAGGACGAGGAGGACGGCGAGAGGAAAGGUGGAGGAGGAGCUGAUACUAGCCGCUGGGGCCCCUGGCAGCAUCACCCGUCGUCCAGGAUCUUCCGGGUUUCGCGUGCUUCCGGCGGAAAGGACCGGCACAGCAAGGUCUACACGGCGAAGGGCCUCCGCGACCGGAGGAUCCGCCUUUCCGUCUCCACCGCCAUCCAGUUCUACGACCUUCAAGACCGCCUCGGCUAUGACCAGCCUAGCAAGGCCAUCGAGUGGCUAAUCAAAGCUGCCGCGGCUGCCAUCAAUGAGCUCCCUCCCCUCGAUUGCUUCCCCAAGCCUCCUGAUCCUUGUGGGGACGAGACGAUGAAUGCCGAUCGAGAUGUCGAGCCGAGCUACGACCAGCAGCAGCAACAGCAACACCCGUCGAACAAAUCCGGCUGCAGUAGCUCCUCGGAUACCAGCAAAGGCUCCUCCGUCUUGUCGCUCUCACGACCGGAGAGCAGCAUCAAGGCCAGGGAGCGAGCACGAGGACGAGAAGCAAAGAAUAAAGAGGAUAGAGACGAUAGCGGCUACAUUGUCGCCUCUCAUCAUCGGAACCUGAACCCUCAGACCUCCUCUUUCACGGAGCUUCUCACCGGCGGCAGUAACAGAGCCAUCCCUGUUGCCGCAGGCGACGGGAACUCCAGCCACAAUUGCAUUCAGAAGCAAGUCUCUAACGCGGACUACUUCGGCCAAGAUUGUCUCUUUGCCCAGUCCCAAAGGAGUCACCCGCUGCCGUCAGGGUUUUCCUCCCAAUCUCACUUCGGAAACAGCUCUCCGACGGGAAUGCUGUCGUUCAACAUUGCUGCCGCCGGCGACCAUCCAGAGAUGCAGCAGUUCUCUUCCCUGCAGGACCAUCUCUUCCCCUUCGCGGCGACCGGCAACUACAACCACAACUUCUCCAUUUCGUCGGGUCUUGCAGGUUUCAACAGGGGGACCCUUCAGUCCAAUUCACCAGCUCAUUUGCCUCAGCUGCACCACGACAGUCACAACCACCUACAGAGGCUCUCUUCUACCGUCGACGGAUCAAACCUGCAAUUCUUCUUCGGUUCGGCUGCAGCCGCCGCCAACGCAGAGAACCAACUUCCGGCAGCGUUCGACGGCCGCCUGCAGCUCUACUACGGGGAUGGCUAUCGGCAUUCAGACCUGAAGGGCAAGGGGAAGAGCUGAAACAAUCAGCAAGAUGGUGGCUUUUUGUCCGUACUCCAUUACUGAUGGCAACUAGUGAGAAAUGAACAAUCAUCAACCAACUUUAUCCCUCUUCAUCCCUAUGCAUUAGUGCUCAAGCUGUCUUUCAGGGUUUAAAUGAAGAUUGGAUUUUAGUCAGUGACAGGGAGAAAGAAAUAUAGAGAGCAAUUGACUUUGUAGUGCCGACAGCAGUUCUAAACAAUGAUAUCAUCAUCUGUGUUGUAAUCAAAGAGCCUUGUACUAGAAGCGAUGAAGUUAUAUUCAGUCUGUCAAGUCUUAAAUUGGAGAGUCCUACAUCGCGAGGAAGAGUAUCCUGAGAUGAGAGAGCAGUGAGAAGAAAGGAAAGAGACCAUAAACUGAGUCCCAGGGAACUGUCUUCAUAUCCACACUAGUUGGAAAGUCUUUGAGUUGAGUUUAUCUUCACUUGAUACUUUUUUCUUCCUCACAGUAUCAUUUGGGUGCCAAAUCCUUACUAUA